CUUUUCAUAAUUUUCAUAUUUUGCUUUUUGUUCUUUUCGCUUGUUGCUCAUUGAUUAAUUUAGCCGGAGGUCGGGCAGAGUUCGAGAAGAUGACACUGCUGAACUAUGGCUCGUACGAGGAGUACCUGGACCACUUCAUCGACAUCAACGAUGUUCGCUAUAUACGCAACUGGAACGUCAGCAGGCAAUUCAUUCAGACUGCCUGUGGCAAGAGCUGCAUGGGUCCCCUGCUGAGCCGUUCCGAGUUCGCCGAGCAGCGCAAGAAGCUCGAAUUCAUGUGGAAUCCCCGCGGCAAGGGCGGCUCCGUGCUCUUCGGCGCCAGCUACAAGGGCGACGAUGAAGUGUUGAAGCAGUUCGCCCUACGCGAACUGAAGCUGAUCAAUAAACAGAUUGCGACCAUUGUCUUCCUGAUAAUGCGCUCGCAGAAGGGCUUCGACAUCUCGGGCUACAUCGACCUGGAGCAGAGCCUGCGCGAGUCGAGCUGCAGGAACUCCGAGCACUAUGUCAACUGGCAAGCCAUAUUCGAGGGCAAGGCGAAGCUGGUGCCAGGGCCCCACGACCUGAGCUACUUCGACUGGUACUCGAACAAGGUGCGCUUCAACGACAGCGCCAACUUUCGCGUCAUCCCGAACGGGGCCCACAGCCUCCUGAUGAUGCAUCGCGGCGAUCUCAAGGUAGUCUGCGUGAAUGCCGGCUGCAACUGCAGCGACAGUCGCAACGCCAUCCGCAAUGUCUACAGGUCGAGCAUCUAUGGGGACUGCAUGUUCUUCGAUCACAUCAUACGGCGCAUCCAUUAGUCAGUCGCCGCUCAAAGGCAGCGACAGCCAGCGGAACCUAUGAGUGACACGCCGAUUAUAUGCCAAAUACCCACACAAAUAAAUAUGUUAUAGAACGCAUAUGAUACGAGCUUG